CCUCACCUCCUCACCUCCUCGACAUGCUUCACGCGCCAUUUCUCCCUAGAGAUGGACCGGACGGCGUAAUUCAUAUCUCUACGACCGGAACUCGAAAACAAGUCGAAAACUCGUGUCGAAAUGAAGCCCAUGCCACAGGAACAGACGCGAAGAUGGGAACUACAUAAACGGAAGCUGACUCUUCGCGAGAAGUUCUUUCCGUUUCCUUGGAAAUGUUUUCUCAUCGUAUCGGCAUUACCGUUUGCUCUCGCACCCAUUGUUAUUCUUUCUGCCGCCGCUGAAGAAGCUUCCCAGGGCUACCUCUCAGGACGCGCUUGCUAUCCUAAUGGAAUGUGGAGCGAAUCUCCUGGCGCAACAUGGCGGAUCAUGGAUUCUACAUAUUUCUUCACGCCAAAUCUCUCUUUUGGAAAGAUGUCAUUCUCUGCAGCUAAGAUUAUUGAUAUUAGCUGGGAUCUGUUAGUUGGAAGAGGAGGACAACUAUUACUAGCUUAUGUCAACUACCAGGUCUUCAAUGAAUGGCUUGUAUACCAUAUGGAGAUACAUCUGACGUCGUACAAGAUGUAUUCGACUGUAGCCUUCCAAACGACGUCACUAUCGGCACUAGGGGUUUUGGGGAAAGAAUUUUUGGCCUUCGGAGAGUCAUCGUGGAGGCGGUUUUUCCGGUGGCUAGGUAUCUUCUGCAUGCUACUUUCCACGUUAUAUGUGUUAUCUUUCCCGACACUUAUGGCGGCUAUGACUGGUUAUAUCAACGCAUCUGGAGCAUACGUGGAGGAUUACAACAACAACCUCAUCGAGUUCAACAAGUUUAAAUGGGUGGCUUACAUUGUAGAAGAUGCUCACCGGAUUGGAUACAGCAAGCCUCUUGUCGCCGCUAGCGAUGAUGAAGACUUGCAAAAGGCGAUAUAUAAUUAUAUUUCAACCAUGUCCACGCUUGAGGAAUUUAAUCGAGACCUAAAAGUCGGCCUUCCGUGGCCACCUAGAACCUUUUUCUUUGAUCGCCCUAGCAUAUGGCAACUUGGAAACUCUAGUAUCACUCUCGAGGCUCCGUCCUUGAAUAUCACUUGGGCAAAGAACACUGAGUUGGACGUCUCACCAAAACUCAAACACUGGCUGUACACAGACGGCGACUCCCAAGGAGAUGUCUUCGACGCUUUUUACGUUCACGCGCAUGGGUCUUGCAGGCCUAAUGAGACCUACCAAUGGGGUUUCUCCUAUAUCUUCCUGUUUAUGGUUAGCAUUUUUAAUUUCGUCUGGAGUUGUAUAAUGGUGGGAAUGUGGCUGGACACGCGGAGAGGGAGCAGGAUGUAUAAGAGUGGGCGGAGACCUGGGUUGCUGAGAAGCAUAAUGGAUAUAUCGGGCGCGAUUAGAGAAGAGUUGGGUGUGGAGGUUGAUAAUAUGGAAGAGCAAGAAUUGAGGAAACGAUUGAACGCCUCGAGAGGCGCGCUCUGGGUCCCGAGAAAAGAGCUGAAAAUCACGAAGGCAGACUUAGGCGAUCAGGGGUUCAAACACAGAGGGCGGUGGAAGACGUUGACACAAGGGUCUACUUUUUGA